UUAAAAAAAAAAAAAAGUAAAAUCUUUUAUACUUAUUAAACCCCGAUCAGUUUACCAAACACCUUCACGGUACAUGAUCUUACAGAAUUCUAUGAUUCUCAUCAUACAAUUAGAGUGAGAGGGCUGUUACGCUCCCAUUUUAUAGAUGAGACGACUGAGGCUUGGUUACUGUACUCCCUGCAGGAGGGGCCACAGCGUGGCCUUGCAGCUUGACAAGGUUCCCUCCAACCCUCUGAGCAGCACCCCAGCUUUUGGGACCCUCAAAGGAAUGGAGGCCCCACGUGGGAAGCACAAGAGAAGGGGGCUGCUCCGUACCGGGCCUGCUCAGGGGCCAGGUGACCAGGAGAUACAUGUAGGAGCUGCUUCUGUCCCAGGGCAGGCUCUGACCUGGGCCACGGAGCUGUGGCUCUUGCCUGAGGCCUGGCAGAAGCAGCUGAUCCCUCCUCCGUUUCCUCCCCUCCCCAGGGGAAACGGUGUCCUGCUGGAGGGAGAACUGGUCGAUGUGUCUCGGCACAACAUCUCGGACGCCCGUGGCAGGAAGGAGCGCUACUAUGUGCUGUAUGUCCGGCCCAGUCGCAUCCAUCGCCGUCAGUUCGACCCCAAGGGGAAUGAAAUCGAGCCCAACUUCAGCGCCACCAAGAAGGUGAACACGGGCUUCCUCAUGUCCUCCUACAAGGUGGAGGCCAAGGGGGACACGGACAGACUCACGCCCGAGGCACUGAAGGAGCUGGUAAAUAAGCCGGAGCUGCUCGCCCUGACCGAGAGCCUCACGCCCGAGCAGACCGUGGCGUUCUGGAUGCCCGAGUCAGAGAUGGAGGCCCUGGAGCUGGAGCUGGGGGCCGGGGUACGGCUGAAAACCCGAGGUGACGGCCCCUUUCUGGAUUCUUUAGCCAAACUUGAGGCUGGAACAGUGACCAAGUGUAAUUUCGCUGGCGAUGCAAAGACGGGGGCAUCGUGGACAGACAACAUCAUGGCCCGGAAGGCUUCCGAGGGGGCCGCCGCGGAGACCCGGGAGCAGGGGGAUGGAGCAGAGGACGCGGAGUGGGACGACUGAGGUUUCUGGGAGAUGCAGUGUCCCCGGGGCCCACCAGCACUGUUGAGAAUUUCUUCUGUGGACUUCCACUCUAGAGUUCAGGGAAGCCAUCCACGCAGCCUUACCUGGUUCUUCCCCACGGCGCCACAGAAGACACUUCGAACAAGCCCUGCUAAGAUCAAAUCCACGACCACGCCAUUAGUGGGGCCCAGGACCAUGGAUCACGGAGGGCCCCUCUCUGAAUGUGACAGUAGCCUUCCUAGACAGUUUCAUGCCAACCCUGCCCUGAUGGCAGCUUUGUUCCUGGAGGCAGGUGGUGAGCAGGUGCCCCAGGGCUGUCAGAGGAACUGGGCUUGGGCUUGGGCUUGGGCUUGGUGCAGAAUUAGGGAACAUCCCUCAUCUACAUGCAAAACAGCUCAGAAGAGAAGCUAUUGGGCUCCUUCCUCUGCCUUGUAUUUCCCGAUUUCCUGCCACACCUGCCCCUCCUUGGUGCUCUGUGCCCUGGUUUCUGCUCUCCUGCUCAGUCCUCCUUGUCUCCUGCACCUUUUUCUUUCCCCUAAAGCUGCCAGUUCUUUAUAAACCUCCUCUGGUUCUCUGCCACCUUGGGGGUUCCUGCCUCCUGGCCUCCCUGGCUGCUUUCCUGGGGAUGCUGUGCUCAGGUGUAGCCAGCUGGUCCCCAUCUCUCAGACGUACUCUGCCAGGCCACUUUUUUUGAUAACAUCUUUUUUUGUUGUUGUUUUGUACCUGGAGACCUUUUUUAUAA